CUUCUUCCAUGAUAAGCAUCUUCUUUAUCCUUGCUGGUGGAGCUAUCAUGUUGAUACGUUCUUAGUCUGGGUGUUAGUAUGAAUGAAAUCCUGUCUCUCUUUGUGUGUGUGUGUGAUUAAGUAAGGAUCAUGUAGUUCUUGUUUUCGGAAUUUCUAUUAUUAGAGUAAUGGUAAUUCUAUUACGGCAUUAAUUGAAAAUACUACCGGAAAGAACCACUCUACCUCCUAAGGUAGGGAUAAGAUCUGCGUACACUCUACCUUCCCUUGACCUAGAUUUCACUGGGUAUGUUGUUGUUGUAUUGAAGCUACUAACUGAUACAGAUUUGCAGUAUACUCAACCAGCCAACUAUGAAGAAAUUUGAUCUCCUCAAAGGUCAACUGCUAGAUUCAGGGAUAAAUAGUGCAGACACCAUAGAGGGUAUUAUUUCCUUGAUCUUUGACAAGGCUCUACUGGAACCAACAUUUUGCCCGAUGUAUGCCCAACUGUGUUCUGAUCUCAAUGAAAAGUUGCCUCCAUUUCCUUCUGAUGAACCUGGUGGCAAAGAGAUCACUUUCAAGCGUGUUCUAUUGAAUAACUGUCAGGAGGCAUUUGAAGGUGCUGACAAACUUCGAGAAGAGGCGAGGCAAAUGACAGCCCCUGAGCAGGAGGCGGAACGUAAGGACAAAGAAAGGCUGAUCAAAAUUCGCACGCUUGGCAAUAUUAAGCUUAUUGGAGAGCUUUUGAAGCAAAAGAUGGUCCCUGAAAAGAUUGUUCAUCACAUUGUUCAGGAACUAUUAGGACAAGAUCCUAAAAGUUGUCCGGAAGAAGAGAACGUUGAAGCCAUUUGUCAGUUUUUCAACACCAUUGGCAAGCAGCUUGAUGAGAACCAAAAAUCAAGGCGCAUCAAUGAUGUGUACUUUAAUCGGUUGAAGGAACUAUCAACAAACUCUCAGUUGUAUCCACAGCUAAGGUUUAUGGUUCGUGAUGUGCUUGAUUUACGUUCCAAUCACUGGGUCCCUAGGCGGGAAGAGGCGCAGGUCCAAUCUCAGACUCGUUAUUCUGAACCAGACACCCGUGAUUGGCAUAGCAGGUCAUCACAAUUUUCUGCCCCCGUGGAGGAAAGACCAUGGAACGCUCCCCGAGAAAAUAGAGAAUUUGGUGGUCGGCAAGAACAGCUUACCUCACAGUUUGCAAGAACUCAAAUAUCUCCCAACAGAGGGGGAGGACCUGCUCCUACACUAAUCAAAGCUGAGCCGCCACGGUCAGUUAGAAGAGGCAAUCUUUCUGACAAAGAUCGGGUCUUGAAGACUGUGAAGGGUAUACUCAACAAGCUGACUCCGGAAAAGUUUGAUCUCCUCAAAGGUCAAUUGAUAGAUUCAGAAAUAACAAGUGCAUACAUUCUAAAGGGUGUUAUUUCCUUGAUCUUUGACAAGGCUGUACUGGAACCAACAUUUUGCCCGAUGUAUGCCCAACUGUGUUCUGAUCUCAAUGAAAAGUUGCCUCCAUUUCCUUCUGAUGAACCUGGUAGCAAAGAGAUCACUUUCAAGCGUGUUCUAUUGGAUAACUGUCAGGAGGCAUUUGAAGGUGCUGACAAACUUCGAGAAGAGGCGAGGCAAAUGACAGCCCCUGAGCAGGAGUCGGAACGUAAGGACAAAGAAAGGCUGAUCAAAAUUCGCACGCUUGGCAAUAUUAAGCUUAUUGGAGAGCUUUUCAAGCAAAAGAUGAUCCCUGAAAAGAUUGUCCAUCACAUUGUUCAGGAACUAUUAGGACAAGAUCCUAAAAGUUGUCAGGAAGAAGAGAAUGUUGAAGCCAUUUGUCAGUUUUUCAACACCAUUGGCAAGCAGCUUGAUGAGAACCAAAAAUCAAGGCGCAUCAAUGAUGUGUACUUUAAUCGGUUGAAGGAACUAUCAACAAACCCUCAGUUGUAUCCACAGCUAAGAUUUAUGGUUCAUGAUGUGCUUGAUUUACGCUCCAAUCACUGGGUCCCUAGGCGGGAAGAGGCGCAGGUCCAAUCUCAGACUCGUUAUUCUGAACCAGACACCCGUGAUUGGCAUAGCAGGUCAUCACAAUUUUCUGCCCCCGUGGAGGAAAGAUCAUGGAACGCUCCCCGAGAAAAUAGAAAAUUUGGUGGUCGGCAAGAACAGCUUACCUCACAGUUUGCAAGGACUCAAAUAUCUCCCAACAGAGGGGGAGGACCUGCUCCUACACUAAUCAAAGCUGAGCCGCCAUGGUCAGUUAGAAGAGGCAAUCUUUCUGACAAAGAUCGGGUCUUGAAGACUGUGAAGGGUAUACUCAACAAGCUGACUCCGGAAAAGUUUGAUCUCCUCAAAGGUCAAUUGAUAGAUUCAGGAAUAACAAGUGCAUACAUUCUAAAGGGUGUUAUUUCCUUGAUCUUUGACAAGGCUGUACUGGAACCAACAUUUUGCCCGAUGUAUGCCCAACUGUGUUCUGAUCUCAAUGAAAAGUUGCCUCCAUUUCCUUCUGAUGAACCUGGUAGCAAAGAGAUCACUUUCAAGCGUGUUCUAUUGGAUAACUGUCAGGAGGCAUUUGAAGGUGCUGACAAACUUCGAGAAGAGGCGAGGCAAAUGACAGCCCCUGAGCAGGAGUCGGAACGUAAGGACAAAGAAAGGCUGAUCAAAAUUCGCACGCUUGGCAAUAUUAAGCUUAUUGGAGAGCUUUUCAAGCAAAAGAUGAUCCCUGAAAAGAUUGUUCAUCACAUUGUUCAGGAACUAUUAGGACAAGAUCCUAAAAGUUGUCCGGAAGAAGAGAACGUUGAAGCCAUUUGUCAGUUUUUCAACACCAUUGGCAAGCAGCUUGAUGAGAACCAAAAAUCAAGGCGCAUCAAUGAUGUGUACUUUAAUCGGUUGAAGGAACUAUCAACAAACCCUCAGUUGUAUCCACGGCUAAGGUUUAUGGUUCAUGAUGUGCUUGAUUUACGUUCCAAUCACUGGGUCCCUAGGCGGGAAGAGCAUUCCUCAUGCGGAUAUUGGGAAUGGGAAGACCAAGCUUUCCCGAAGAAAGCUUAUAUAUGAAAUUUAGAGGAGUUGUUGAAAUACGUCAAGAUUGAACGAGACAAUUUGAAGAUUGAAAAGGAAAAUUUGAAGAUUGAAAUGGUCAAUUUGAUGAUUGAAAGUGACAGUUUGAAGAAUGAAAGGGAUUAUUUGUUGGAAGUGGUUGCUACCGUAGAGGCUACUAAUGAGUUGGAAACAACAAAGUGAAUUCGAGAUGUAGUGUUAGUUGUUAUUUUUUGAUAAAGCUAAUAUGUAUGUGUAGUAGUUGAAGAAUCGAUGGUGGUUGUUUUCUCAUUUUAUCUUGGAGGUGUAGUGAAUGUAGUAAUUUGGAUGUAAUGUUUGUAAGGUCCUUGUUUGUAAUGUAUGGAUGUGGAACACUUUCAAUUUUAAUGCAUAUG